AUGCCCAUGCCCAAGCUAUCCUUCGCGGUGUCUGAGGAUGAGGCGACUCUCCUGACCGUCAUGACGCGCGGCCUUGCGACUGAAGUCGAGGUCCCAGCAGGUAAGGACCUGGGCUAUGCGAAGAAUCGGGCCAUUGAUAAGCUUUGGCAGAACAUCCCCUUUUGCCACGCUGUUGCAGCGCUUGCAAACCUCCGGAUUUUUGACACGGAAUCUGGAGAGGAGCUGCAAGAAGGAGAGGCCGUGAAGGAUGGAAUGAAGCUGCUCCUGGCGCUAGAGACCCCCAGGGAAGGGGGGGCAUCCGCUGCGGCCUCCGCCUUCGCCUCCGUGGUCUCCGCAGUGGGCCGGCACAAGCUGGGCCUUGAUGGUGAUGAAAAGGCGGCGGCAAGCCGCGAAGAGCUGCAGCAGCUGCCUCUGAAAGAGCUGAAGGCCCGACUCAAGGAAGCGGGACUGUCGACCGAUGGCUGCCUGGAGAAGAGCGACCUGAUCGACCGACUGCUUGGAGUGGAAACACAGCAGAAGAAAGUUGGCCAGUUCACCGCUCUUUUUGCUGUGGGCGCGUUUUUGCCGACGCCUGGAGACAAAGAGGCAGCUGCUGGUUUGGCGGAGUUCGUCUCAGGUGGCCGAAAGGUUCCCAUCGACACCUACUUCAUAGACAGCAAGAGUGCCGCCUUUUUGCAGGCCGCUCCCGAGGGCAAGCAGCUCUGCGAGAACCUCAACUUCCUCGGCGGUUUCGGGGCGGGGCCAGAGAUGGGCGAUGCAAGCCAGAGCAGAGCAAGGGAUUCCCGGAAUUCCCUGGGUGUUCUCCGGCAGCAGCUGGAUUUGAACACCCCUUAUGGCAGGGUCGAGGUGGUGGUGCUGAAACCAGCCGUAGCUUUGGAGCGCCGUGUCCCUGCGGUGCUUGUGAACGUGGGCUGCUACUAUUCCCUGGCCGAGACGCUGGAAAAAGCUGAAGGCCCAAGGUAUAUUUCCUUGGACUGUGCUUACAUCAUUUGGCGAGCGACCGGGCCCAUUGAGGAGGUGGCGGACCUGGUUUUUCAGAGAUGGCAAGCUGACGCGGCCGUGGUGCUGGAUUGGCUUGGUCAGCAGGCCUGGUGCAAUGGUCGGGUUGGUUGCCAUGGUUACAGCCUCCUUGGGAACACAUCCUAUGCAACGCUGGCUGCAUCACACGCUAAAGAUGCCCCGAAGGAUCGUCCCCUAGUUUGUGCAUUGGUUCCCGUCAUUUCCUUCUCCCGCAUCCAUCCGACCGUGUUUGUCAAUGGACAGAGUCUGGCUGCGGAGCUGGCUUUGCGCUUCAUCUGGUUGGCCGAGGUGGGCUUACGACAAGGUCGCCAGGGCGGCUUUGGCUUCUUGUGGAACAUGUUCCGCUUCUUCUCUUUGGAGGAUUGGCCGGGUCUCGAUUCAGCUCUGGCGAAGAGACCGGUGAGUGAAGCGGAUUCGGAUCUCUGGGGUCGGCCCAACGUUCUCUGGCGUGGCGGCCAGACCGCACGCGAUGCAGCAGAUCCAUUUUGGGCAGAAGGUCGGGAUGUGCAGUGUGACUUUGCAGAUUUCCGGGAGCCUCCAAGCAUCCAUGUCAUCGCUGGUUGGAAUGACAUGUUUCUAGCUCAAAGUCUGCAAGACUUCCAGCUGGCCACGAAAGCCACGAACGGAGCUGCAAGAUUGACAAUCUUCACCGGAGGCCACUUCGGUGUGGUGGUGAAUCAUGGAGUACAGGUUGCGGAACAUACACGGCAGUGGUACAGCCAAAACUUGAUCGGCACGAGCGCCGCAGCUCCGCGUGCAGCGGUGCGCAUGCAACUCAUCCAGGAGGAUGCGAACGGGGAGGAAGCAUGGCUGGAGUGCGACGUUUGGCCGCCACCCUCCAAGCCCAUGCAGUUCUUUUUCCAGGAGAAGGAUGCUGGCUUGGGCACGGGCUUGCUGCUUCCAGGUGAUCCUGGCGGGGAAGCAGGUGCAUUGUCGUAUGUCUAUGAUCCCAGAGAUCCUACGCCCUACGCCGGCGAUGGCUGGCUCAACCUCCAGAAAGACGGGGCUCAGGACCAGAGAUCUUUCGAAAGCUCUCGGUUGCAAGACGUGCUCGUUCUCACCUCUGAUCCGUUGCAGCAGCCCCUGGAGAUCGUCGGCGAGGUCUCUGCAACGCUGUACGUGAGUUGCACGGCGCCGGAAUGUGACGUCAUCGUGCGGCUCUGCGCAGUCCGUGGCUCGGAGGGGUCCUCCGAGCCGGGCUUUCUGGAUCGCAUCCUGGAUCCAGACCCACGCGGCUUGGGCCGUGGGCGUUCAGUGAAUUUGUGCGAGGACAUCGUCCGAGUCAAGUUUCAGGAGGAUUCGGUGAUUCGCAUGGACGUCUCGGUUGGGGUGACGGCGUGUCACUUCCGAGCUGGGGACAGUGUCCGACUGCACGUCUGUUCGGCGGCGCAUCCGCGCUGGCUGCGCCAUCCGCUCCAAGAUGAGGAGGAAGAUUGGCUCCUGGGCGCCUCCGAGGUCGGGCCACCUGCGACAGUCACCGUCUUCGCUGACCACGAGCACCCCUCGCACGUGACACUUCCGGUUCGCAGCAGUGCGGUUCGCAUGUCCGGCUCCAUGUGA